AGUGAAGUGAGUCUAAACGAUCCAAGCGAUCACAGCGAACUACGCAAUUUGAAGAUACUUACCUUCAAGUUCUUACUCAAGUCAAGUUUAUUGAAGCUACAAGAAUGUCUCUGCUACCAUAUAUAUUCGACGACUGGAACGUGCGUCCCCGCUACCGUCACCACCACUAUCCCAGCCGGCUCCUGGACCAGCACUUCGGCCUCGCCCUGAAUCCAGACGACCUGCUCGCCGCCGUCGCCGGGCCGAUCGUGACGCCGGAAUACUACAGACCCUGGCGCCAUCUUGCUGCUGCGGCCAAGGACAUCGGCUCAAGCAUUAAAGCGGACAAAGAUAAGUUCCAAAUCAACCUAGAUGUCCAGCAUUUCGCCCCAGAAGAGAUCUCCGUUAAGACCGUCGACGGCUACAUUGUGGUUGAAGGCAAGCAUGAAGAGAAGAAAGACGACCAUGGUUAUAUCUCUCGCCAGUUCACUAGGAGAUACGCCCUGCCCGAAGGUACUGUCCCAGAGGCCGUUGAAUCUAAAUUGUCUUCCGAUGGCGUACUGAGCAUCGUCGCACCGAGGAAAGUUCCAGAUGCCAUUAAGGGCGAAAGAAGCGUUCCUGUGACCCAGACCGGACCGGUCCGGAAGGAAAUUAAGGACCAGAGCGAGGGCACACACGAAAAGGAGGAGAAGUGAUCGAUCUCGGUUU